AGUAAAGAUGAAGAAAUUCACCAAUGUUGGACCAAAGAUCCCAGGACAUGAGGAAAUGGACACCAGCCCAAGUCAGUACGGCUCAAAUAGCACUAAAAAUGACCUCCAAGAAACCCAUAUUUUAUCAGGAGAAUUUUAUGAAUUUAUUCAAAAAUGAACUGGAACAAACCAAGAUACAAAUUCAGAAAAAUAUUCUGGAAAGAUUGAAGAAAUGUUUGGCGUCAGCCAAAUCGACCAGAUCUUCUUCCAAUAUCAAGACGGAUCUGGAGAUGACUUCUCAGAGCUAUUUGAGUAUAGAGCCAUAGUUGGUAUUGGUGCCUUUGGAGUUGUCAUUUCUGCCCUCGAUAAAGAGACAGGUGAAGAAAUCGCGAUUAAAAUGCUCAAUUUGGACCACUCUUCAGACUUAAUCGCGAAGUUGUUCAGGAAGGAAGCAGAAACACUACGAAAUUUACAUAAAGGUAACAGCCCGAGUUCUGCAGGAUCUCCAGAGAGGAAAGAUUUCAUAAUGAAAAGAAAAAGUGCUAGGGUAACUGCUCCUCCUCAGAACAUUAUUGGCUUCAAAUUCUUCAAGGAAUAUUCAAAUUAUCUACUCCUUGGGAUGGAACUUUGCACUGGAGGAAAUCUUCAGGAAUGGAUCAAAGAGCAAAGGGCAAUCAAGAACAAGUCCCAAGAGAAACAUGAUGAAGAGUGCUCUGUGAUCAUCAAAAAUAUCCUCCAUGGCAUUUCCUAUAUACAUGAUCGAUUCGAGAUCCUUCAUAGAGAUCUUAAGCCUGCGAAUGUUCUCUUUGCAAAGAGAAACGACCUUGACUCUAUCAAGAUCUGUGAUUUUGGAUUCGCUAAUGAGCGUGGAACUGGGCUAUUUGACCAGAACAACGAUAAUGUAGGAACCCUCAUCUACCAGGCCCCUGAACAAAUGAAGUCAGUUACAUAUGGGAAAAAGGUAGAUAUCUGGGCAACUGGUAUGAUCAUGUAUGAACUUCUAACAAAAGGGGGUCAUCCAUUCCUAGGCAUUGACUUCUACAACAAGCUCGACAUGAACGUUGAGGAGUUUAGGAAGCAUGUCAUUAGUCUUUACACAAGUGACACAAUUGAUCUAGACAGUUCAUUGUUUUCACCAAUGGCGUACAAAAUGCUGAAAAAUCUGUUGAAUGUCAAUCCAAAUCUGAGAUAUAGCUCUCAGAGAGCACUGAAGCAUCCCUGGAUCACCAGGGAUCUUCAGGCUAAGGUCCCUCUAAAUGUUUUUGAAGAAAUGCAACUCAACAUGAAAGCUUAUGAAAAGCUCAAAUUUGCUACUCAAAUGGCAUUUGCCAUGAGCAUGAUUGAAGAUAAAGUUCUCCAGGAAGAGCAGAAUGAAGAAUUUGAAGCUAUUAUACCCAAAAGAUGAGAGAAAGAGUACCUCAAAACAGUAAAUAAGAGCAAAGAGACUGUUGAUGUGGGUAAAAGCCGCUCAGGAAGGAAAAUGAAGCUAAUUUUCAAAGGAAACUCUUCCCCAAUAUCUUACUUACACACCAACAAGAAGGAGAAGCAUACCAACAACACUACGAUCAAGAACAAGGGGUUUAGGAUAAAGACGAACAAAGGUAUUAAGAAAAAGCUUUUCAGUGCGAAUACCAGCAAAGAUGAUCUAUUGCACAAAGAUGGUAUGAAGAAGUUGAAGCCCUUAAAGCCAAUCAGGCAAAGGACUAAGAUCUCUGAGCUUUCUCAUCUUGAGCAUCAGCUAAAUAAAAACCUUGGUCGCCGGAACUCAGGUGCUAAGUUCCAUGACUCUCAGCUAAUUGAUCAUGCUGAUAUAUUUAAGGAAAAUGAUCCACUCCAAAGUAACCAGAAGCAUACAUCCAGUGUGAAUCAUAGAUCAUUAAUGAAGAAAAAGAAGAAGACUAAAAUCAGAAGAUUGAGUGACAUCAGGGAGAUUACCCAAGAAGAAAACAACCAGGCUUAUCCUCGUGUUAGUUCCAUCGAGAAUCGGAUGAUUUUCCCUAUCUCAGGCCAGUCCAAGGCCAACUCUUGCCUCCUAUCUAAAGUAACAAGACAGAGUAGAAGAAAGAGCAAGAUGACCUCUCAAAGAAUGGCUAAGGAUGAAGUCACUCACUAUGGAGCCUCCACUCCCUUCAAGAGUACCUCUAAGGCAUCUGGGAUGUUUAAAAUAGCAAAUUCAGGGAUGACUGAGAAAAAAUCAACUAAAGCUAUCAAUGUUACUAAUAUUACCACUGUAGGUAGUCAAAUCACCUUUAAAUGGACGGAUGCGUUUCCUCGAAGAAUAGACAACUAUCAGAGCCAUAUAUCAAGCAUAUUAGCAUGCCAUAAGAAGGCCAGGAGUGGAAGGAAAUUUCAGUACUAAAAUGUACUCUAAAAGGCCCUAAACAGCCUCUAAAACUUAUUUUAACAAUUUAUUA